UGAAAUAUGUAUUUUGUGUUAUCCUUGGAAGUCAAUCCAAAUUAUUAUUCCUGGUGAAAUCAUUCGCAAAAUGUAGUUCCUUAUGUGGAUGUUAGAUGACAAUACGGUUCUCAGUUGCAUUAGGUCUCUCGAACGAAGUGUUACAUACAUAAAUAAAUAUGCCGAUGACAAAAGGAAAAGAACUGGGUAAAUCGAGAAAGGUUUUACAUCCAAACAGUAGGAAGACCGCAGCGAUAAUAAAGAAAAAUAAAAAAGUAUCUAACAGGCAAAAAUCGAAAUUGGGUAAAGUAAUCUCACAGAAUAUAGUAGCGGAGAAAAUGAUGUGGCUUCGUGACCACAUGACUCCUAACGUUUCUCCGUACACCCCAGAGCUUACAGCGGAAUUACUUCAAUUGUACAUAGCACGUCACAACGAAGAACUAGAUCAAAUAGCUAUAAAGCACUCUAUUGGAGGUAAAAGGAUGCGACAGCAUGCAAGCAGAGAAGAUAUUCUUCGCAUGACAAAGGCACGGGAACAAGAGGAAUACGACACUUGUGGAAUUGAAAUUCCAGACGUACUUAACAGCACGCAGUGCGACCUUCUACGGACCUGGGAAGGAGAGCUGCGUUACCUUCCUAACUUCAAAUUCAGAAGAUUUGGGAAGAAGCACCUCAAAGAGCACCUUAAAAAACAAAGUAAGCAGAAGGAAAGCUCUACGAAUGAAAUAAAAAAGGGAACCCAAGAUGAACCUGAGCAGGAAUUUAUGGAUGUGAAAUAAAAGCAGAAUGUAAUUUUAUUUUUGUA